GAAAGAAAUGGCAAAUACAGGAAAUACGAGUGCUGUUUUUUUUCUUGGAUCUAGAGCACACUAUCAGGUACUAGACCAGCCGGAAACCUACGACCAAGACAGUGGUAACACAUCAACAGAGACAUUAUACCAGAACGCCUCUGUAGAGGAGCUCUGGAAGGAGGUGGAUUGUGAUAGUCCCAAUUGCAAUGAGCGAGCCUUGUGGAACUACGAGCCUGAUGUUAAUGUUAACUUCGAAGCAGAUACCGGCAUUAAGAAGAGAAUUAAUCGCCAAUCCAGUAAUGCUCUAUUAUGUGAUAAUAUGCAACCGGCGGCUUUGAAUGAAGUCCGUGACAGUGAUACAGACAAACACAAGCCGCGCCGUACAUUCCUGUCGUUCCUGACGUCGCUGACGCGUCGGAAACGCCGCGUCGACAACGCUCAGUAUCUGAAGCGCAUGGAGAACGUGUUGACGACCUGCACGUAUAGGGAGUCCUGCCGGUGUUUAGAUUGCCAGAGCCGAUACUUUGAAUAUGAAAGCGACACCGAAGACUAUAAUUCGGAAGAAGAUUAUACUUACAACUACAACGUGAACGAUGUAGAAGCUCAAGCUAUGGAUAACGAUGAAUCAGAUGACGAGGUGUUCGUCCCCUACAAUCCAGGUGAUAAUACAUCGACAGAUCUACUUCUAGACGACACGGAAACCGUGACGUCAGUAUCGAGCGCGAGUGAAACGGAACAGCCGGUCGAGAAACAGAUACAACUAGAGGUCGCCGCAAGCACUUCCGCCGUGCUGAAUGUGCUUCUGUUCCAUCCGGGCUGUAUUGUGCAAUAAAAAAAAGGAAAUAAAUGAUAAAAAAGUUGUUUAACUUUAGUGUAUUCGUGCAAAAAAAUGGGAAUUGAUUAAAAAAUAGUUGUCAAACUUAGAAGAUAGAAGCUAGUUAUCGAGUAUCGUGCAA